AUGACCGAGCAAUGGUGUGCUGGAGACAUCUCAAACCUCGAAUACCUCAUGGCAGUCAACGCUGCAGCUGGCCGGUCGAUUGCGUCCACCACUGCACAUGCCGUGCUUCCUUGGGUUACCGACUUUACGUUGCCAUAUAUCGACGACGGCACCUGUCAUCAUCACUUGCGGGACCUAACCAUGUCCAAAUUUCGCUUGACCAAGGGCGACGACCACUUGGACCUGAUGUACCGCCACACGGGGCACCACAUUCCUGAAAACUUGAGCGACCUGUCCGUGGCCAUCUACUUGGCGCGAGUGCUACCUCGGGCACUGCUGCAGCGCGUCGUGAGGUCGACGUUUGAACCCAGGGAAUACCCGACAUCGCUAGCGAAAAUGGCAGCAUCGUCGCCAGACGAGUGUAUCCCCGAGCUCUUCCUUGACCCGAGUGUGCUAGUGUCUUGUCACGACGACAUGCUGUCCCUGGACUUGCCGUCGUGGUGCAGUACGCCAGACACAUGCAUUGCGUACCACCGCCGCGUCCUUGAGAGUCCGUUCGUGUCGGCGCACUUGCAUGCGUGGAUCGAUGUCACAUUCGGGGUGCAUCUCAGCGGCGCCAGUGCCGUUCGACACAAGAACGUUCCGCACAUGGGGUUUGUCCAGGUGUUUCACCACCCGCAUCCCCCCAGAACCACGUCUCAGACCACGCGACCCAAUGACCACACAUAUACUACAUCAUCCCCACAACGCAACGAUGUCGCAGCCACCCACGGGUUAGUCGUGGACGAAGAGUACUUUGCGCCACCAAGAAGUAGCCCCGCCGCACGACAAUCAUCUGGUCGCAAGGAAAAGCCACCACAUCGUGGGGUGUCAUUGAACGGCUUUCAUGCGCGACACAAAAAGCUGCCGACGGCCAAGUCGUUUGGAGCGCGGUAUGCGACAGUGUUGUCGCCUGCGUACACGUUGGACGACAGUGGAGUUGCUGGGUCGUGGUUUUCUGUCGGGUGCAUCGUCGCAGAACUGUAUCUCAAGCGCCCGUUGUUUUCCGGCCAUUCUAUCGUCGAGUUUGCACUUGGUGGGAAAUUGUAUGGUGAGUCGUUUUCGGUCCACAAAGCACUUCCGCAACUCGCGUCGUUGCCCACACCGAUUCGACGCGUUGUCGUCGCUCUCCUCCACCCGAAUCCAGCCACGAGAUCGUUGGCCGUUCAGUCGUUUAAUCACCUUACAAGCAGCAUUGGAUUUCCACCGUACUUUGGCACAGUGUGGGCGUAUUUAGCAAGCGUCACGUUGGACAACUGGGUCGACCACACAGUGGAUCUGUGGCAGUCAAAAGACAAGUACUUUCUGCCUCGGGACGGCAUCCCCUUGGUCGUGCCCACCAUCCGCCGCCUCCUGGCGCGAUCGACGCCGCCGCAGCAAGCCGAUGCCGUGCGUCGACUGCUGCCGACAUGGAGCCACGUAUGGUUGGACCAACUGGCGUUUCACAUGUUGAUCCUCCGCCCGAUCACAACUUUGUUGGAUCAUGUCGAUGACAUUGCGUUGCAAGUGAGCCUGGCUUCGUCUGUGGAAACUAGUGGUUUAGGAUGGCUGCGGAAUGUGUGGCACCACCUUGGCACUUCGUUCGUACUCGACCACAUCCUGCCCGUGUUGUUGACAUGGCUUCGAGUCGGCUCGCCUUUGCUGAAGCGAGUGGUGGCGCAUACGCUGGGGCAAUGGGCCCAAGGCGAUUACAUGGGGCCCGUAGUGGUCGCUCACGAGGUGUUGCCGUCCGUGAUCGCGCUAGGGGACCUCCCCCCCGCAGCAUUGCCAAGCCCUAGUCCCGUGCACUUUUCACCCAAUGGCGUCGGACUCGCCCUUGUGCACAUUUGUGCCGAGCUACAUCCGACGGUCCUGCACACGGUGGUGUUGCCACCACUGUAUCGACGUGUCUUGAAAGGGAUUCGUGUACUCGAAGAUGACGAUGCUUGGUCGCCCCCUGUUAGUCCUCCUCCAACUACAACUCCCUUGACGCCACAACACAUUGACGUGUACAUGACAUGCAAGACAAUCCGCCAACUGGUGUCGCUCUUGCCGGGGGACGUCGCUGCGUACCACAUCCCUGCCACGGUCGCGUUGCUGUCGUCGUCCGUGCGGGGGGACUGGGUCGUCGUGAGUAGCCUCGUACACACGGUGCUGCGGCUCGGCCAGGUCGUGGGCACCGACGCCACGAGGUUGCACUUGUGCGCGCCGCUGCGGCUAUUCCUCGUGAGGUUUCCCCACGCCCAGUUCCCGUCGUACAUGACGCAGUUCCAGCACUUGGUCGGGUUUGAACACUUUGACUCGUGCCUGGGGCUGCCGUGGUCCAUGUCCUCCGCCACGCCUUUCAAGCUGCCACUCCUUGCCCCCAUCUCCUUCCUCCCUGUGGCGCACUUGUCGCCGGCGAUGGCGCUGACGACCGAGGCGGCCUGCCAGGUCUUGGCGCGCCGUCGUCCCCCGCCCACGAGACGGAGCACACUGCCCCCCCGAUGGACAACAUAUACCAUGCCGUGGCCCCCCAAGGGACUCGUCGUGCACGAAAUUAACCGAGACGCACGUACACGCCGCGUACGGGCGAUGGCUGCAGAUGGCGGCGGUCGAUGGCUGGUUACAUCAACGAGUGAUGGCGUGGUCCGAGUGUGGCGGACGGCUAACAUGACUAUGCAGUGGCAAGAGCAAUUCAAAUGGCCGGUGCACACGAUUUUGCCCAUUGGCGUUGGGGGGCCCACCCCCGCCUUGGUGCACUACCACAUGGUGCUCUGUGACGCGCAGUCCGUGUACAUUGUCAACGCCCACGCCGACAACAACACGAUGACGGCUCCGAUAUGGAAAUGGAAACGACCAGCGCAACCGCUCGUGGCCGUGCAUGUAGUUACUCGUUUCAUUCGUACCGGUAGUUGCGGAUAUGUAGUAGUAGCUGUUGCUACAGCUGGCACGGUGGUGAUGCACUCGAUGGACAACGUGCCGUGGUACUAUCCUCAUUGCGAAAAACAGAAUAACAAGGACCAAGAUGCGGCGGCGACUGCAACACAUACCGUCGAUAACCUCCCUGGGAUGAAUGUGCUAGAUCCAACAUUGACGACAGAGUGGACACUAAACGGCGGCGGUUGCAUAUCCAGCCUCGGUGCUUUGUUUGGGUCCCUUGCCGUGGGGUCGACUACUGGCCACGUCGACGUGGUUGAUCCAUGGACAGGUCGAGCGCAUUGCCGAUGGCAACCCCAUCCACUGGCCAAGGUCGUGCUCAUUGCCCAAGUGUCAGACACGACGUUUGUUACUGUGGGAGCCACCGACAAGCAGGCGAUUCUGUGGCGGUGGCCGUCCUGCCAUCCCAUCCUGUACGUGACCAACCUACCGGACGAGAUUCAAUCUAGUCAGGUGCUCUGUACGACGCGAAAAUCCGAUCAGUCGACGUGGCUAGUGGUUGGCCAUGGUACGAAACUCGCCUUCCAAUGCCUGUGGCCGUCGCCACCAACUCGGAGUGUCCAGAUGACGUGGCAAGAUCUCGUGUUACCACCACCACGACAAACCAUUCAGUCGGUCGUGGUGCUGCGACACAUGGUAGCCGUGGGCACCGAUUCUGGUGCUGUGCACUUUUGUGUGUGAACAACACCACAUAGUACCAAAGAGUUGUGUUCGUUCUGUAUGUAGUAUGUGCAGUUGAAAUAUACCAGUACUUUGCUUCGAAA